UGAACCGGGACCUUCUGCUGCCUAGCAGACGCCUUAACCAACUAGGCCAUUGAGGCCUUGUGGUGGGAUUCAAAACCGAUUAAAGCAGAGGCAAUGUAUUUUGCUGCUGGUUUCGAAAACAGCAAGUUGCUGCAAGUACUGUAAACUGAAUCAACAGUGUGACAGAAAUUGAAAGCAAAGACGCAAGUAUGUAUUUUGCUUCCAUUACGGUUUUACUACUGUUCUCCUAUACAUAUCAAGCUUCUUCAAAAGAUGAUAAAUCGUUGAUUAGGUCUGGUCCAUUCAAUAUAACAAUAAAUGAAGGAGAGGAUGGUCAACUUACCUGCAUUUUAGAUGACGAUCCUACAGUUACAAAAUGGAUGAAAAAUGAAACGGUCGUCAAAGCAGAUGAUCAACACAUUGUGGAGUAUAACAGUAAGACAAGAAUCUUCACUCUCGAAAUUAAAACAGUGAAACGCUCUGACAAGGGAUAUUAUCAGUGCAAAAUAGAUACAAGAGAACAAACAUUUAUUUCAGACAAAGCGUGGUUGACAGUCAAUGAAGUAACAGGGGAGCCACAUCCGAGCUGUGAAAUAUCAAAGCCUAUAUACAACCUAUGUGAAACGGUACAUAUGACAUGCAUGACGAAGAAUAAGUCACCACCAGACACAUUGAAAUUCUUGGCAAUUGUUUUAGAUUCGUCAAGGAACGGAUAUUAUUCUGAUUAUGGGGGUACUAAUCGACCAUUGGAUUCAACUUCAUCCUCAAAACCGAUUAACACUGCCUGCCACUGUAGUAAUGGAACCCACCGAUGGGCUACUGCAGAAUUCAAAGCUGAUAAACCAUUUAACAAUUCACGCAUAAAAUGCGAAAUGUCUAAUGGAAGUCAGUGCAACAAGACCUUAAAGAUCUUCCCAGAAGUAUUUAUCACAGGACCAGAAAAUAUAUCAGCAUAUGAAGGAAUGGAUGUAGUACUCACAGUCACUAUAAACACUGAUGUUAGAUUAAAUAUUCUUCAAACAAAGUGGACCAGAGGAGAGGUUGACAAAGAAUAUAUAGAUGAAACUGAUAAUCGUUACGCAAUGAACAAUUCUCAAGUACAGAUCACUCUCACAAUAAAUAACUUGAGGCACUCGGAUGAAGGAUAUUACCAGUGCCAAGUACAUAUUGAAGAAUAUGGAUAUUUGUUUUCAAGUUAUGCCUGGCUUACAGUCAAUCAUCAUCUUGAGUGUAAAACGUCUAAGCCUGCUUAUGAAGCGGGUGAGAUUGUGGAAUUUACUUGUACCACUGAUAGAAAAAACCCGGAUAACUUAAAAUUUAAGGGGAAAUCACACACCAGUGUGUACAAAAGCUACAAUGAAACAUACGCAUGGAUUACAUCCACGUUUCAAGCGAAGAAAAAAGAUGAUGGCUUAACAAUCAGUUGUGAAAAUACAAUUUUGCCCUCAGAAACCUGCUCCUUGAUAUUAAACAUAUCAACACUAACAAACAAUAAUAAUAAUAAUGAUAAAGCCCCAGAGCCAGUCUGUCAAUGUCAAUGCCAUCAAACAGGCCUAAUUGUUUUGAUCGUUUUGAGUAUAAUUUCUAUAAUCAUACUGCUUUUUGUGUGUGUAAAAUGUGAGUCUCAACAACCUGGUUGCCUGACAAAGCUGAAGAAAAUGUGCCUGAGGUCUAGCAGAUCGAUAAGAUCUGAGCACAAAGUGCAUUUCACCAAUGAGUAAUGCUGUAUAGGCCUAUAUAUACAUAUAUAUAUAUAUAUAUAUAUAUAUAUAUUUGUACAUACAACAGUUUAAUUUGUCUUGUAGGCCCUAUGUAAGUUGUGUAUGCAUUUUUAUUUGUUAUAUGGAUAUGUACAUCCGAAUUUAAAGUUGUGAUCGAUUGAUUUUAUAAAAUUUGUUUUCGUAAUGGUAGUUAAUUAUUCCUGUAUUUUCGUUUUCAUUGUCAUCAUAAUUUUUUCACUACUGUUAUAAAAAAAAAUUAUCACUACUGUUAAAA